AUGAGCUUCCCAUGGCUUCGAAUUGCUUGGCUGCAAUCGAUCAGACAAGACAGAAAGGAUCUUACGCUUGUUUGGCAAAUUGCCAAUGGUCCACCUGCGGGGACCAAACCAUGCGCUGGCACUAAAAUCGAUCUGAGAAGAUGGUAUCAUCUAACCGAUCCUAGAACAAAAAAGCCCGUGGACAAUUUUGACAUAUGCUCUGCCUGUGUAAGAAAUAUCGACUUGAUUUUUCCCACGCUUCAAUUCUGUGUCUUUGAUCGGCCGCAGGAGAAGAAAGAGCAAGAGAAGAUUUGCAAUCUGAACACAAACAGCCGCCACUUCUUGCCUAUGUUGAACGAGCUGGAGCGACUGGCUGAUCGGUCGAAGGAGACCAUAAGGCACAGGGACUUUCAGGAGUUUGUGGAUUUUGUUCGCCGCAUCUCCCGCACCCGGCACUGCGCGAAGGAUACAUUACUGGCAACCCAAUCAUGGCACUAUAUCUCUGACCUUCCCGAGCUUACAAUCUGUGAAGAGUGCUACGAGGAAGUUGUCUGGCCUGUUAGAGAUCGACCGAUAGCACGAGACGUCUCCAAGACACUCAAGCUUGUGCCUACCUUGCGCAAGAACUCCCUACUUCGAGGAACAAGUUGCCAGCUUUACAGUGAUCGCAUGAGAAGAAUCUUUCAUGAUGCAGUGAGCCGAAAUGAUUUUGAGAGUUUGAAGUCGGCGGCUAGAUACCGCUAUAACAUGGAGCAUCGGCUGCAGGAAAUGCACAAACUGUACGAAAUGGAUUUGCAAGCUGGAAUCGACAGGAGGGUGGAGAUGGAGAAGAAUAUUUCCAUCUGGAAGUCUAUUGAAUAA